AAGUAUUCUGAAAGCGUUCUUUGAGUUCGUUCAUUCUCAUUCGAAUUGUUGGUACUGUUGGAGCGCGGGUUACGGGCCAGAGUUGUUUAUUUGGACUUCACAGGUGAUUCGGCUCUUCAUUCAUAACUUUUACGAUAAGAAAGUGGACAGUGAAAAUGCUUUCGCGAUCGGUAGCUGCCACAGUGACUUCAACGACGCCCGGCGUCGUCACAUCUUUGCAGGACACGUCUUCUCCUGCGGGUACUUUAUCCACUGCGGAAAAAUCUGUUGUCCCACAAUCGAAACAGCUGGACAAGACCGAGAUAAAUGAUGCUGUUACCAAAGUUCUACAGGGGUACGACUGGACAUUCGUACCCAUUGCUUCAAAAGCUGCAUCAGACAAGAGAAAGCUGCAUGUGAAAAGGCCCAUGAACGCUUUUAUGGUAUGGGCCCAAGCAGCACGUAGAAAAUUAGCUGACCAACAUCCACAACUACAUAAUGCAGAGUUGUCUAAAACCCUAGGAAAGCUUUGGAGAGUUUUGAGCGAAAAUGACAAGAAACCUUUCAUCGAAGAGGCAGAAAGACUGCGUGAGAUCCACAAACGGGAACAUCCGGAUUACAAAUAUCAACCCAGGCGACGGAAACCGAAUAAGCCUGGCGAUGGUGUACAUCUACAGAGUGUUCAUAACCAAACCGCCACAUUUUCGCGGUCUUUAAAACAGGAAGAUUCCCCUUGCAGUCCGAGAAGUCAAAAUUCAACCAGCCCAUCGACAUGCUCGUCCCAACCAAACAGUCCUCAAAUCACCACUCAUUCGUUGCUGAAGCCCUGCGAUGGUCAUGGUCUCGAUUUGGAUACGUACCAUAGAAUCCCUGAGCUUGACAGCAGUUAUGGAAUUUAUACUGCUGAAGAUGGGUUGGAUAGCAGUGAUCUAGACCAGUAUUUACCAUCCGAAAGUCAUUAUUCUAAUUAUUCAGCUUAUCAUAAGCCUGCCCAUGAGGAUGAAGGUAAUAAUAACUACAAAUCCAAAAGACCUUGCCUCGAAGGCAGUGUUCUGCAUCAAGAUUCUUAUGAUGAGGCAUCAGCUUACAAUAGAUACCACGAGUUGCAAUCGUCAGCUAUAAAAAAUGAAAAAUAUGCCCAUAGCAAUACCUCAGUACCUUAUACGUAUCAAGCCACUAUGCCCACUAGUUCUUACUGUGUUGGAAACAGUCAGUAUGUACCUACAUAUCCAUAUAUGCAGCAGAGAGGGCUCUUCAGCGCCAAUUCUUCUUUAGGAAAUUUUAGUGCAGUGGACGUGCCAACUCCGGAAGCCUGGACUGCGCACUAUAAUAUGUAAAUCUGGUGAUAACGUUGUAUCAAACAUGCGACAAGCUCUUAUUUAACUCAAUUAGUUAUCUUCGGAACUUUCUCAGUCGAGAACGGACCGGAAAAAGGUACCUACAAUGUACAUUUGUAAAUAUAAAAUAUCUUUCUAUUGCAUAACUCAUUUAGACCAGUUUUCUGCGGUUAUUUUUGUAAGUUUUUUUUAAGUUGUACAGUAUUUUUCUAGCAAGCUGAAUUUUAGACGUCGAUACUCGUUUGGCAGUUUUUUUAGAUGUUCCACAUUAUUUGUUCUAUUACAUCUUAAGAAAUGUUAAAAUAUGUUAAUCAAAUUAACAUUUUGUAUGAGACGCGAAAGAAUCUCCUUAUAUUUAUAAUGUGCAGUGGUUUUCAUAGCUAUUAAGGCGAAAAGAGUUGAAGCCAUAAGAUCGAACCAGAAAAGCGCUGUUAUAAGUGUUUAUAUCGAUUUCACUUUUAUAUCUUCAUUUGUUAGUGUUAUUAUUGAAUAAAUAUUUUUUUAUGUAG